CGUGGCGUCAGGCGCUAUAUCAGAAAGAUAAUCAAACAGUUACAUUUAUAAAAACAUUACAACUUUCGGUGAAAAGUUUUAUCAUAAUCUGAAAAAAAAUAUAUAUAAACAUUUGAUCGUGGGAACCAAGCCAAAACCUGCAAAAAAAAUCAAACGUCAUUCACGGUCACGGAUUCGCGGAUUUCAUCGAUCGUGCGAGAUUUUAAAAUAGGUUUUCAUGAAUUAAAAUGGCAAAACAACAAGGCAAAGUUUAUCUGGGAUACGAAGAAGAAGUGAUUGGGGAUAAAAACCAGACGCUACUCAACUAUACAGUGAAUAAAAUCGGUGGUUUUCCUGAUUGGCCGCCUGUCGAGAACUUGCAGCUUUCGUCGAAAUGUCCAUUGUGUGGUUUACACAGGUUGUUAGUGGUGCAAUGCUAUGCACCUCUGGAGAAUUCUGUUUACCAUCGCACCCUUUAUGUUUUCGCGUGCAUAAGUCCAAACUGCUGGAUCCAGUCAGAAAGCUGGUUAUGUGUACGAAGUCAAUUCCAAGAUAACUCGAGCAGUCAGUCUAGUACCACUGUAGUGAUGCCGAGUACUGAGAGUAAUAUGAUGUGGUGCAAUGGAGCAGAUGAAUGGGAUGAAAAUGAUAAUGGAGAUACAGCCAAUGGCAAUGUUAUGAAUGUGGAUAAUGCCAGCCCUAAAAAUGGUAUGCAGAGGAAUUCAGAUGAAGAUGAAGAGAGCAAUUCAUUUGAACUGGAGACUGUAGAACAAGCGCUGGGAAACCUUCAAGUGUUUGAUGCCCACAACGCUAACAUGUCUCCUGUCCAAGGUGCAGUAGGCGCUAUCGGUGCGCCGGUAGCCGCCGCGGAGCUGGAGGGCGGCGACGAGCCUGGGUUAGUCACCGUGGACACGCCCACCGCGCCCGGCAAUGACGUCGAGGCGCUGCUGCAGCAGACGGCAGAGCUACCACCGGACUUGCGAAGUCGGCUAAUGUGUGCGCCCCUGCAGUUCCUGCCCAAAUUCAUAUACGUGGAAGAGGAAUGGAGGAAGCACUCCAACAACGACGACCGAGUUACUGAGCUGCUCAAUAAAUAUAAGAGGGAAAAUGCGGAGAUCGAAGCAUGCGGCGGCGGCGACCGCGCAGGGGGCGGGGGCUCCGAGGACGAGCCGUACGAGGACGCGGCGCCGCUGCACGGGGACAAGCUGUUCCACGCGUUCCUCACGCGCCUGCGCAAUAACCCUGGGCAGAUACUUAGGUACAGCCGCGAGCAGCCGCCGCUGCUGGGCGCCCCGCUGCCGUCGGCGGCGGGCUCCCCCGGCGCCGCGGCCGCGCCCUCGGCCUGCGCCCGCUGCGGCGCCCGCCUCGCCUGCGAGCUGCAACUGGUCCCAGAGUUCGCCGAAACCCUGCGCGUAGCCCCGACUAACAUCGCCCUCUCACACCUGCACUUCCUCUCAGUCCUCAUAUUCACCUGCUCUCAAAGCUGUUGGCAACCGAACGACACUCUCGUCCAAGAAACCGUCGUCUUCCAACAAGAGGUUGUUUAAAGGCACUGUCGACAAGUUCUACACCCUGUCUUUGAAACCGAUGUUAAAAGAAUUAGAGAUUUAGUGUAUAGUUUAUUGGCUGCGGUAACAGCUGGGUGCCAUCCCGGGGCUGAGAAUCUACGUUCAUUGUAGGUCACGUUUGUCACUUCAAAUAACAAUAAUGCUAAAAACCAAUAAUCCUAACAAUAAUCUUAAAAUGAAAUUGUCUAUUUUGCUAAUAAUGUGUCCCUUACCAUAGUCCACUUUAUUUUUUUUUUAUUGAUUUAAGAGAUAAAGUGUAGCAUCGAAAUAUCUAUACUUCUCAUUUCAACCUGAGACAGAUUUGUCGCAAAAUUGCGCUAUUUCCUAUUCUUACACGAAUUCUAUAAUUCCUCCACACGGGUAAACUAAUGUUUCAAAAACCUGAAGCUUAUCGGUUCACAUUAUAAAAAUAAAUAGGUACUUGUUCUCUUUCCAAUACCUAUAAAAUGUAGUAUUUUUCGAUCAUUUCUUAGCUGUAACCAAUUAUGUGUAAUUAUUUAUUUAAUUAACUAUUUUGUAUGUAAGGAACUCUAGGUAGUCGAAAGUUAUUAUGGCAACAAAUGGAAAGUUUCCUUUGGAAUUCAUGACGUUAUAAUUGUACAACAAUUAUUUUCCAUUAAAAUUAUUUUUUGAAAUUUUGUUCUGAGGGUUAAUAAGGCCACAUCGAAAAGCAAUAUUGCAAUUUGACAUUUGCGCAUAAAAAGUAAGUGCGCAAUGCAAACAAAUGUCAAAUAGCAAUAUUGCUUUUUUAGAUGAAUUGUUUCGAUGUGGCCUUUUUAACCCCCCUGUUUAUUUAUGUAAUAUUGAGAAAAACUGAAAGUUAAAAUAAAUUGUCUGUGAUGUAAUUUCCAUUACCAUAAAUUUGAGUAGUAAUGGUAAAUUUAUAUAGAUUAUUUAUUAUUAAGUGCACCUAGUUCGCUUUGCAAGUAGUAAUCUACCAUAAAUCAGAAGUGUAGAUUGUUAAUUGAAGACGAUCUCGAUUAUUGUUGUAUAGAAUUAAGACUUUCAAAGACGCCAUUUUAUGAACUGCCAAAUAAGAUAAAACUUUGAAGGACUUGAAGUUUUACGGGGGAAAAUAAAUUUAAUGUAUAGGAAUAACACGUAACAUAAGCUCACGACUAUGUUGGCAAUUAGGGUAGUCAGAGGUUCGGUCACGAGUACUAAUAUGUAUACACUUUGAAACCAUGUCACAUUAACAUUUUUGACAAAUUAAACUGUAAGUCUCAUUAAAUGUCAAAUAUGAUAGUGCGACAAGGUUCUAAAGUGGGUACAUGAUAUUGCUUAUGACUGUACACACCUUACCGAGCUUCCUGUUAUACUAACGUGAUAAGACGUGUGUUGGUUUACAGUAUAUCUAGUCUAGUCAGUAGACCAUUGCGGACUAGGCUUAUUUCUUCAGUGCCAGCUAAUUACGUAGCGACCAUUUGUUUUCGGUUUUAUCUAAGUAGAUUUAAAAGGCUAAUGGCGAUAUGUGCUUAAUAAAUGCCUUCAAAUAUGAGAAUGCAAAUAUGUAUUGAACUGAACUCUCCGCCCCAAAUAUAUAUAACUAUAUUUUAAAAUAUUAAAUCUUGUAUUUUCUCUUUGUCUGCGAACAUUAUAAUUACAAUCAAUUUUAUUCGGCACAUUUUAAAUAUUUCUUUCAUUAAUUACUUGUUUUAUUGUUGUGUAAGCACAUUGUAGAUAUAUAGCAAAUAUAAGGAAGUAAUUAGUAACUGUGAUUUAAUUAUUGAAAUGUAUACUAGUGCCGAUCCAUACCUAUAUUUAUUACUCCAAAGAAAGCAAUAGUGCAAUUUGACAUUUGCACAUAUAAAAGUAAAUGUCAAAUAGCAAUAUGAAUUGCUUUGAUGUGGCCUUUUUAACCCCCCCAAAUCAUGUUCUAUUAUAUAUUAUCCGUCUUCUGAUUAAAAUAGAUAAGCAAAAAUA